AUGAAGCCUGCUAAGAUGGGGUUUCUCCUAGGAAUCUUCAUCUUCUGCUCAGUCACUGCCCCAGUACUGAGUGGUGUUGCCAGGCUCACUCACAAUAUCUGCAGAGAAUACAAAGAGUCUUGUAAUAUGGACAUGGAUCCUGGCAGCUGCUAUGAGGUCCAUUUUAGAUACUUCUACAACAGAACUGCCGGCGAGUGUCAGAGUUUUGUCUUCACUGGCUGCAACGGUAACCUUAACAACUACAGGCUGAAAAUAGAGUGUGACAUUGAAUGCAAUGAAGAGUACCGGACGGAAAUCCAGCUGAGCAGUGCCUCCACAGCAGCAAACCUGUUCGAUUUUAGCCUUCAAACCAAAUGCAGCAUCGACCCUCACACUUACCUGGAGUGUUUCUUCACUCAAGCAAACCUUUCUUCAUCAGACCUCCUUCGUUAA